AUGAUUCAAAGGGUAAUACGGAGUGGAUACGGUAAUGAUGUUAUGAAUCAUACUAGAUCAUUAGUUAAUGGAAGAAGCUUGAAGUUUACGAUACAGACAGGAUCAGCAUCAAUCAUAAGACAUACUUAUUCAAGAUAUAACUAUUCUACCACACCGAAUAAACCGAAACAAACGUUAAAUGAACGACUUCAAAACAAUAAUUUCGUAUUCAAGACCUUAAAAUAUGUUCAAGAUGUCGAUGAACAACAAAAACAACUUGAACAAGCUGCUACAGAUUCCAAAAUCACCCAAUUAAUCGAAAGAAUAUCAGACAAUAAAGAAUUACUUUAUUUAUUAACGUUAUAUCAUCGGGAAUGUUUUAAAUUAGGGAUAGCUCAUGAAUCCAUCAUUCCGGUAAAAUCAAGACAAAACAAUCUCCGAUUUAAAUUCUGGUAUUGGUUUAAAUUAAAACCUAUUAAUGAUUCAUUUUGGGAAAUAUGUCAUCUUUUAAAUAUAUCAAAUCAUAAACAUGGGGUUAAUUUUAAUAAGAUUGAUGAUAUUGGAUUAUUGGAUCCUAAUCAUUUCCCCGUUGAGUUCAUGGAUCAAUUGAAAACGGGGAGGUUUAAUGAUGUUGAUUUCCGCAAUGUUGAAAUCAUGUUAUUUAAUAAAUUGAAAUUUGUUGAACCCGUGAAUGAAUGA